UUAGCUAUCUACAGUUAGCUAGCCAAUGCAAGGGUUUUGCAAAUACUAUUGACCGACGUAGGGUGCAUCAUACAUUUUGCCAGUACAAAUAUAUCUGCAUGUGUCAAUAUUUGAAUAAUACUCCUCGCCACGUGAUCUAAUUUCACAAGAUUCAGACUUUGCAACGGUUUUCGAACUCAUUUUGCACUGGCUCUGAAUCGGGUGAAAGGUCAAGCUGCCAUCUUUGAAGAGGUUGAGAGAUAGGUGGUUUCUAGAAAGCCAGCCGGCUGGCUAGCUAGCUAACGAAGAAACGUUGGCUCACCUAAACAUUAUACUAUCAUUUAUAGCUACAUGUAUGUGUAUUAAAACGGCACAUUUACUAGAUUAUGAAUAUAUAGCACGUUUUCUCACAAUCAACAAAUAAAUUUGUAUCCUAACGCCAAGCAGUGGAUUGCAAGCUUGCUUGCUAGGCUACUGUUGUUAGCAAGGUACGAGUGUUUCUAGUUGGCUAUUUGUAAACAGGACGCUAAAAGUAGCUAACUAGCUGGGUUUGGGGCAGAGUAGAGACAGAAGAUUAGCGAACGUUAGCUAUUGUUUUGUGCAGCAGGUUGCUUAGCUAACUGUCUGGAUGUUUUUUUGAUGACAUUGCAAGUUUCCUCUAUUAGCCUCCAAGUAACAGUUGUGGGGUAAAGUAAAGGCACACCAAAGAGGGUCCCCUCUCAGGGCACAUCAUGUCAUCUUUUUCUGAGUCUGCGUUGGAGAAGAAGCUUUCGGAGCUUAGCAACUCUCAGCAGAGCGUUCAAACGCUGUCUUUGUGGAUUAUUCAUCAUCGCAAACAUUCAUCGCUCAUAGUCAAAGUAUGGCACAGAGAAUUAAAGAAAGCAAAAAGCAGCAGGAAGUUGACUUUCCUGUAUCUUGCAAAUGAUGUGAUUCAAAAUAGCAAGAAAAAAGGUCCAGAGUUUGCCAAAGACUUUGAGACAGUCCUUGUUGACGCCUGCUCUCAUGUUGCAAGAGAGGCAGAUGAUGGCUGUAGAAAGCCCAUGGACAGGCUGCUCACUAUCUGGCAGGAGCGCAGCCUCUACAAGGCAGAGUUCAUCCAGCAACUAAAGCUCGCUAUUGAAGACUCAAACAGCCCCCAACACCAACCCACAGUCAUCCUGUCUAUUUCAGAGGAGAAGAAGGCAUCUAAACGGACCUAUCAUAAGAUCCAAGAACCAGAAGAAGAGGAAGAUGAUGAUGAUUACAGAGGCCACAUGUCCCCACGGGAUUCAGAUAUCUCAGGCCCACAGAUGACGGAGGAGCUUGUCAAAGCCCUUCAGGACCUGGAGAAUGCAGCCUCGGGUGAUGCUGCGGUGCGGCAGAAGAUUGCUUCUCUGCCACAGGAAGUUCAGGAUGUUUCUCUGCUAGAGAAGAUCACUGACAAGGAGGCAGCUGAUAAGCUGUCUAAGACAGUGGACGAGGCCUGUCUACUGCUGGCUGAGUAUAACGGCCGCCUGGCUGCGGAGCUGGAGGACCGGCGGCAGCUUGCACGCAUGCUGACAGAGUACAUUGGCAGCCAGAAGGAAGCCCUCGCUGAGAGGGAGAAGAAACUGGAGGAGUACAAACAGAAGCUUGCGCGGGUCACUCAGGUGCGCAAGGAGCUCAAGUCCCACAUCCAGAGCCUGCCUGACCUCUCUCUGCUGCCCAAUGUGACAGGAGGCCUGGCCCCUCUACCUUCUGCUGGAGACCUGUUCUCCACUGACUGAGCUUCCUGCCACACCCUGCCUCUUGUCAGGGCAUACUCACACACACACACACACACACACACACACACACACACACACACUGUUGAACCUGCUCACGUAACACUGAACCCUAUGGCGAGGCCGGGAGGAACAGUGGUAGGGGCAAACCCCGGUGGGAGAGACAGUGGUCAUUGAAGAUUCAGUCACACCAGCUUGGACAAAUAUCCUCCUUUUUGAUUUUAUUCUGAACACCAGACAAAACGGCAGAUAACUGAUUUUAUGUUGGAACGAAGAUGAAACCGGUCAUGCAAAGUGGAUUUUGUGUUCAUUUUGGCUGUCACUCAGCCACUAGAUUCUUGUGACGGCUUUGUAAAGAGAGGCAUCACGGCAAUUCCACGGUAACAAUGAGAUGCUGAGUCUCAGAUAUUUUAGUUUAUAAUGUUUGUCAAAUAAAAGACAAUUAUUCCCAGGUUAAACAAACUAUACAUGUCUAUCCACAAGGAGUACUUUUUUUAAAUGUUCCACUGAAAAUGUAAAAAAAAAAAAUUGCUCACUUUUUGGAAUAGUGCAGAUGUAUAUUCGUCCACACUGAAAGUCAAAGGAUUUUGAGUGUAUGCUUUGUUUAACUUUGCAGACAUAGGUUUGAUGUGCAUUGAAGAAUCUGAGUCUCAUUCUUACACUGGAUUUCCCCAUUACAGUUAUUUUACUGGCUUUAAGUUGAUGGCUUUGUGUAAUGCUGAUAAAAUGUCUGAUUUCUGUUAGAAUGUAUGUAGGGAAGGGGCCUCUUCUGUGUACGUUGCAUUUUGGUUGUCAGUUUUACGAUGCUUUAAAAUUCCAACUCAAACAUACAAUUCAACCUUCAGCUCUUGUCAUUGUACAUGAUUUGCAUUGUCCUACGUGGCAGUAAGUGACCAUCGGUCAUCAGUAAAUUAAUGUUAAAUUAACAUUUCUGUCCUAGUGUUUCUCAGUCCAAUGUGAAUAAGUUUAGCCCUCAGAUAAAGUGGCUGAUAGAGGUUAUUAGAGUUGGGUUAGAUAGAUAGACAUUGACUUAGUCCCUAAGGAAUACAUGUUCAGUGACAUUCUCUUGACUGAGCUUUGUUGAUAAUGUACUUUUUUGCCCUAGAUAAAUGUUUUCACAAAGGUGUAACAUGCUGACAAAUCUGUGUCAGAAUGCCACCUGUUGUUCAGCAUUAUUCAGAUAUGACAGAGGAGCAGAAAGUGACCUGACGGGAGGUUCCUGGUGUUACUCUGCUGUUGUCUUUCUUUCCUCAGGAGUCCAUAGAUAAGUCAUAUUUUUAUGAUCGUUGACUGUCCAGGUGCGAGGGUCCUUUAUUUAGUCUUAUAGAUCCAAUCCACGGCGGUAAGUGUUUCCUGAUGUUGCAGGAUAGUAGGACAUCUUCCCCAGGAAAUGAUUUACUAGAAAAUGAAAAUGUGGCAUGUGUUUCUCUUUGCAGAUACUGUACUACAGCAGUAGUUUUUCAGUAAUUAUUUCCCCCCCCAUCAAUACAAAUAAAUGGAACCAUUGGAAAAUAGCAAUGCUGGUUUAUACUCUGACAUUGAUACACUCUGGACCAGUUCAUUUUUUUAUGGGGACGUUUGGCAUCAACUUCUACACAACCCAUCCAUGAAUUGGUGCACCGUGUUUUGCAUUAUCUUCUGUAAUACAAUGGUUUUUAAGGGCAUUAAGAAAAACGUGUCCACUGUUCAUGCCUCUUUUAAAUGCUUCAUAAUACAAACAAAGAUAUCAUUGAUAAACUCUUCAUAAUCAUAA